AUGGAUGCUUUCAAAGAGGAGUGAAGAAGCCAACUAUUUCAAAUUGGAGGAAGACAACGGGCACAGCACAACAGCACCUCCCUAAAGACAGUGACAUUCUUGCUUCUACUGCUGUGAACACAAGGAGACCAGUUCAGCUGACUUUUAUGAAGCCUAAGUGUUCCACCAUGACAUUACUGCCCCUUGCCGUCCUUCUCCUCGCCAACAUUCCUAUAGAAACUAAAGUGGUGAGGUCAAUGGCAGACUGUGCAGAUUUUUUUCUUGAGCAAACUCCACCAAAUGUCCCAGGAAUCUUGGAGGGAGGGAACAUCCUGGACCACAAUAGAUACAAACCCAUUUGCCAGACUUUCAAAAACAACAGAAUCUUUGUGACACUUUACGACGCUCACAACAAGAUCCCAGUGUUUUCUGCUGCAAAGUACAGGGGGAACAAUGGCAAGAGACCUACAACGAAGUGGAAGAUUGAACCACAGCUUGAGAACAUACACGGCGGCGACAAUAUGUCACCAGCAAAAAAUGACAUAACCUACAAAUACCAGGCUGGGAACACUGACUACAAAAACAACCAAAGUUUUGACCGAGGACAUUUGUUUCCUAGCUCUUAUGGAUUUACUGAAGAUGACAGAAAAUCCACCUUUACCCUGACCAACAUUGUUCCACAAAAGCACCAAUUCAACGCUGGAAGCUGGAACAAAAUGGAACAAUGCAUCAAAUGUGUUCUGGAUAAAUACUGCAUCAGCAACAAUAAUAAAACAGAAGGCUUUGUAGUAAUAGGAGCACAGCCCAGCAACAAUAACAUCCUCAACAACAAGAUUAAUAUUCCUGACAUGCUCUGGUCAGCAUUCUGCUGCUACAGCAGCACUCAGGGUAGAUGGCUAGCAAGCGCACACUGGGGCGAAAAUACUGAAUCUGACAACACAUACCUGCAGACUAAGACGCUGGAGGAGCUCCACAUGGAACUGGGAGGGCAGUUUGAAGUGUUUCCUGGAACGCAAUGUCCUCUCAGCACAACUGUUACUGAGUUUUACCCAAACAUUGACCAAGGUCUUGGUCAAAAAACCUGCCAUUGUUCACCACUUACUUUGAGUUCCUCUGCUUCUCCUACAACCACCUUUACAGAUUUGGUGUUGUAUCUGUGUCUUGUACUUUCACAUCUGAUUCUACGACCACCAUAUUCACUCUCCUAGUGCUACAUCCAGGGAUCGCAACAGAGCUAAGCCCUCCCAAGCUAACACACACACACACACAUACACACACACACACACACACACACACACACACACACACACACACACACACACACACACACACACACACAAAAAAGAGAUGAGAAAAUGGUCUUUUAAAUGUAAUUGUAAGCUUGUAUUCAGGAAUAGCAGGAGAAUUCUUCAGUUCACUGGGAGUAGGAAAUGUGUUUUUGAACAUCCCUCUAAUCAAUUGUGUGUUGUUUCUAGCUUCUACAAAUUUCCACUUCUCAUACAAACCACAGCAUCCAGUUGUUGUUAUUCCUAAAACUUGUGCUACCACUGCUAAGUCUGUGAUAAUGAAGUUAUUGUCACUUAAGUUCAGCAACUAGACCAUGCCCUAUACCAUUAAUUUCCCAGGCUUACCUAAAAACGGCUAAUCACUCAUCCCCUUUCCAUCUCAUACCUUUAACCUUUCUUAUCUAUCCAUCCAUUUCUCCCUUUGUUAGUGAAACUACAGUUUGUACAAACCUAUGUUGUCUUUCCCAUGACAAAAAUGGAAACUUAACAAACUGGUUUCGAUCAUGUUACUCACUAAACUGUCGACUACUUCCCAUUUGAAGCUUACUGUAAAUAUAAAAAAAAUGCUACAAUUAGUUUGCUUGCUGUUUGUGUAUUUAUUGCAACUGUGACAUUUCAUCGUGCAGUGAGGGGUCAGGACCAUUAUGGCAGGGGGCCUACCCAAUACAAAACCUUAUACUUUGUCCGUGUUGAAUGAAAAGAAGUUUGGUUUGAGCUCUUUUUUUUGAGCUCAGUUUAAGGACUGGGGGAAGUCAGAAAUGUACUGUCAUCACAUGAUGUUUAAAAUGCACACGUGGUUUAACCAUUUCUGCUUUUCUGUGUUGCACAUCUUACAGUACACUGGUUUAGCAGAAAAAAGAAAAGAACUCUUAUUUUGACAUUACCCAGUCCUACAACAAAUAAUAUUUUAUUAUACACAUUGCUAUUAUGUGCUAUAAGUUUAUUUAUUUUUUAAGACAAUAGGUGACUUUAUUGUUGAUA